GCCAGUUUGAUUUUACAGUAUUCGUUUACCUGACCUUUGACAAUUGUUCCCUACAAAGUCGGUGCAAACGCGCCCAACCACGUGUUGGCCCAACAAACAGAAACCACGAAAGCAACUUCCUUCACUCAACAAAGGACAGACAUCAUCACUGCCUGAGGCAUUUGUUCCACCCACAGUCACACCGACACCGUUGUUUUUGAGAAUGGAGAAUCCUAUUUUACUCUCUCGCGACUCAUUCCAUUCUCAGUCAUCAUCAGCAUCGUCAUCGAGAUACCCAGGCUCGAGCAUGUCUUCAAUAAUCAAAAGACUCUCCAAGCGAUCGAGCAAGGCAUCUAAUGAUUCGUCGGCUCCACGAUCAGCAGCAACGUACAGCGACCUGAACAACCCCUUCUUCACACCUAUGCCUACCCGGAGACCACCACCUGCCGCGGCAGCUCGGGCGCCGCGCGAUGCACCACCUCCUUAUUCGGCGGCCGCCGCAGCACCUUACAGCCCAGCUGACCUCUCCUCCCCGGUUCAAGUGGCGGAAGAUUCCCCUUAUUCGUUCCUGAGGGAAUUCGACACGGUUUUCCUCAUUGACGACAGUGGGUCCAUGGCCGGUCGUAGCUGGCGAGAAACAUCGGCGGCCCUUGCGGCCAUCGCACCGAUCUGCACGACUUACGACGCUGACGGCAUCGAUAUUUACUUUCUGAACCACCGAAAUCCAAACUCACCGAUCGGCGGGUACACGAACGUCACCACCACCGAGGUCGUGCAGACGCUGUUUCAACGCGUUCGACCCCUCGGUGGCACACCCACGGGCACCCGGCUCAACCACAUCCUGAAACCAUACCUUGCAGAGGUGGCCGAGUCGAUGGAGAGACAGGCGCAUGGGCACGAGGCGACGGUGAAACCGCUGAACAUCAUUGUCAUCACGGACGGUGUGCCGACCGACGACGUUGAGAGCGUCAUUGUCACGGCGGCGAAGAAGUUGGACUCGUUUGGCGCGGAACCCUGGCAAGUGGGAAUCCAAUUCUUUCAGGUCGGAAGGGAGCCUGAAGCGGCGGAGAAUCUGAGAGAGUUGGAUGACGCGCUCGGUGAGCAAUAUCACAUCCGUGACAUGGUGGACACGGUACCUUGGGGUGGUGAGGAGGGAGCACAGUUGACGGCGCAAGGUCUAUUGAAGGUCUGUUUAGGCAGUGUGGUCAGACGGUUAGAUCGGAGAGCAGCUUGAUUUUACGUUCUACUCCCAUUCCCAUGUUGAACAAGGAGAACGUCAGAGGAGAGGGUGAUUUCCUUCUGGCGUCUGUGUACGAGCAUCAUUAUGAUAAUUAUCAUCAUUACC